GCCCGCUUCCGCCUUUGAGAACGCUUUCUCGCCAGCAAAUCUGCUUACAGGUGGCCAUGACCUCACUGCCCACUGGAAGCGCUGGGGACCCCGAUUUGUUUUCUGGGCUGUCGCCAGCCGGCUCCACUCCAGCCAACCAGAGCGCAGAGGCCUCGCGGGGCAACGGGUCGGCGGCGGCUCCCCGAGCUGCGGCUGUCACGCCGUUCCAGAGCCUGCAGCUGGUGCACCAGCUCAAGGGGCUGAUCGUGAUGCUCUACAGCGUGGUGGUGGUGGUGGGGCUGGUGGGCAAUUGCCUGCUGGUGCUGGUGAUCGCGCGCGCGCGCCGGCUGCACAACGUGACCAACUUCCUCAUCGGCAACCUGGCCUUGUCCGACGUGCUCAUGUGCGCCGCCUGUGUGCCGCUCACGCUGGCCUACGCCUUCGAGCCUCGUGGCUGGGUGUUCGGUGGAGGCCUGUGCCACCUGGUUUUCUUCCUACAGCCGGUCACCGUCUACGUGUCAGUGUUUACGCUCACCACAAUCGCUUUAGACCGCUACGUCGUUCUGGUGCACCCGCUCCGCCGGCGCAUCUCUCUGAGGCUCAGUGCCUACGCGGUGCUGGGUAUCUGGGCUCUGUCUGCGGUGCUGGCGCUGCCCGCCGCGGUGCACACCUACCAUGUGGAGCUCAAGCCGCAGGACGUGCGCCUUUGCGAGGAGUUCUGGGGCUCGCAGGAGCGCCAGCGCCAGCUCUACGCCUGGGGACUGCUGCUGGGCACGUAUUUGCUCCCCCUGCUGGCCAUCCUCCUGUCCUACGUCCGGGUGUCCGUGAAGCUGCGGAACCGCGUGGUGCCCGGCAGCGUGACCCAGAGCCAAGCGGACUGGGACCGAGCGCGUCGCCGCCGCACCUUCUGUCUGCUGGUGGUGGUGGUGGUCGUGUUUGCAGUCUGCUGGCUGCCGCUGCACGUUUUCAACCUGCUGCGGGACCUGGACCCGCGUGCCAUCGACCCCUACGCCUUCGGGCUGGUGCAGCUUCUCUGCCACUGGCUCGCCAUGAGCUCAGCCUGCUACAACCCCUUCAUCUACGCCUGGCUGCACGACAGCUUCCGCGAGGAGCUGCGCAAGAUGCUGCUGUCUUGGCCUCGCAAGAUUGUGCCCCGUGGCCAGAGCGUGACCGUCAGCGUGGUCAUCUGAUGUCACUCUGCCAGGCCUGAGCUGGGGAGCUUCAUAGCCCUUAGCCCCGGAGGUCAUCAGGAGACCUUAUUCCCCGCACCAGAGAUGUGCCAACACUGUGCGAGAUCCCCGCCCGCCUUCUCGGCUAGCUAUUUGUGUGAUUUGUUGUUGUUUUGUUUCGUUUCGUUUCUGUGAAAUGUUAGGUGGGCUUUGGAGCAGAAGAGCCUGGGGUGCGUGAGAGGAGCAGAUUUACCAGUUCUUUCUUCUACCUCUGAAAGCAAAACACAGCUAUUUCUCUGGGUUCAGAAAAAAUUCAGAAGCGGGGUUUUCUUUUCUUUCACCUUGCUUACAGCAUGGGUGGGCUUUAAAUGUGGGCUUUAAAUGGGGUUGGUGAAAUUUUUCACCUUACCUUUUUAAAAGGCCCCAGAGGAGACAUAAUGACUUGGAUUCAUGAUUGAUUUCCAAUAAUAUGUAUCCCAAAUCAAUAUUCAGGAUUUCAACAUUUCCUGAAUAUG